AUGUCGGACGAAAGCCAAGAUAAUGGAGCCACCCGGAAUGGUUCAGUGCCAGAAAUAGAGCUGAUAAUCAAGGCAUCCACAAUCGAUGGAAGAAGAAAGGGAGCCUGUCUAUUUUGUCAGGAAUAUUUCAUGGAUCUUUAUUUGUUGGCGGAGCUUAAGACAAUCAGCCUUAAGGUUACGACCGUGUGCAUGCAGAAACCUCCACCAGAUUUUCGCACCAACUUCGAGGCCACACAUCCUCCGAUUCUCAUAGACAAUGGGCUCGCGAUACUCGAGAAUGAGAAGAUAGAGCGACAUAUCAUGAAAUCAGUACCUGGUGGAUACAAUCUUUUCGUGCAGGAUAAAGAGGUGGCUACGUUGAUAGAAAAUUUAUAUUCGAAGCUAAAGCUGAUGCUGGUGAAAAAGGACGAGAACAAGAACAACGCACUUUUGGUUCAUUUGAAAAAAAUCAACGACCAUUUGGCGGCUAGAGGUACUCGCUUCCUCACUGGAGAUACAAUGUGCUGCUUCGACUGUGAGCUGAUGCCGCGGCUGCAGCAUAUCAGAGUGGCAGGGAAAUAUUUUGUCGACUUCGAUAUUCCGAAACAUUUAACUGCGUUGUGGCGAUACAUGUAUCAUAUGUAUCAGCUUGAUGCAUUCACGCAGUCGUGUCCCGCCGAUCAAGAUAUCAUCAAUCACUACAAACUCCAGCAGAUGUUGAAAAUGAAAAAGCACGAAGAACUGGAGACUCCAACAUUCACCACAUCGAUCCCCGUUGAUUUGAAUGAACACUAGGAGAGAAAAUAGAUAGCAG